UUGCAAGUCAAGUUGAGGUCUCGUAACCUACAGUUAUGGCAGAACUAAGAAGUGCGCUCUCAAUCGUUUCCCUUGCCUGCCAUCUGGCCUUCUCUCUAGCUGCGGCGACGACCACAGGCAGCGAGCCUUUCGAUGGGGCUGCAUAUGACUAUAUCGUAGUGGGCGGGGGCAUCUCGGGACUUGUAGUCGCCAACCGUCUGACCGAGGACCGGCAGACCACCGUGCUUGUCCUCGAACGGGGCUAUUUUGACGACAAGCCCGAGGCCAUUGUGCCGUGGUAUGCCAACGGCCUGGAUACCAGCGUCAUGAUCAGGCCACAAUCUGCUCCAAUCCCCGGACUCAGGAAUGCUACCUACUCGGUUGCCGUAGCCGCUGUGGUUGGAGGCGGCUCCGUCGUCAACGGCAUGGGAUUUGCUCGAGGCAGCAAAACCGACUAUGACGCCUGGGAGGAGCUGGGUAACCCCGGCUGGGGAUGGGAGGACCUGCUGCCAUAUUUCCGCAAGAGCUCUACUUUCCAUCCGCCCUCCCCUAGAGCCGCAGCGCGCUGGAAUAUGACGUGGGACCUGUCGGUGUAUGGCAACGGGCCGGUCCCUGCGCACAUAUCCGACUUCCAGUAUCCCGACAACGCCGUGGUCUGGGAUGCCAUGAGAAAUCAGCCUGGCCUCCCCGUACCCCCAAGCCCCGACGCUGGGUACGGGUCGGGUGCGUUCUGGGCGCCAUCCAGCAUCGACACGCGCGCGCAGACCCGUGCAACGGCUCGGUCAGCAUACUACGAUCCCGUCAACGCCACACGGCCGAAUCUCCGUCUCGUAACGGGGCAGACGGCGACCGAGAUUCUCUUUAGUCCUGGACGGCCGCUGAGAGCGAAAGGUGUCCGGAUGGUUUCCCGCCUCGACAACACGCGGCGCGACGUCUACGCCAGAAAGGAGGUGAUCCUGGCCGCCGGCGCGAUCCAGACGCCCCAGCUGCUUCAAUACAGCGGGAUUGGCCCCGCUUCCGUGCUCCAGGCUGCCGGUGUGGAGGUGAAGAAAGACAUGCCCUGCGUCGGCGCAAACCUGCAAGACCAUCCGAGCAUGGUGCUGCAGUUCAACCUGUCCAACCAGUCCUUUCCAAACCCGGACACCAUCACCACCAACGCGACCUUCAACGCCACCGCCUGGGAUGAAUAUCUCACCAACCGAACCGGCCCGCUCACCACCGCCGGGGGGAACACCAUCAUUUGGUAUUCAUUGUCCCACCUGAAUUCCUCGGCCGCAGCAUCCUCCCUUGCCAGCCGACUGCUCGAUCAAGACGCGCGUCUUUACCUCCCAGAGGUCUACCAAACCUCCCCGGCUUUGCUCCGCGGCUACCUCGCGCAACGAGCCCUCCUUUCCAACCAAUUCAACACCACCACCUCGCGCAUCGCAGUCCAACCACUACGGCCGACCGGAAUCUCCCCAGCAUCCCUCCUGAAACCCCUCUCCCGUGGCACAGUCACUCUCAACGCGAGCAACCCUUUGCACGGAGGCGGCCUGCCCGUGGUGCAGUACAACACCUUCCAAAACCCUCUCGACGCCGAGACCGUCGCAUCCAUCGUCCGCCGGGCACGAAAAUUCUGGUCUUCCCCUGAACUGUCCCCCCUGCACCCAGUCGAGGUAGCUCCCGGCCCGCAGUAUCAAACCGAUGAGGAGAUCCUCAACGCGCUGCUGUCGACGGUCAACACGCCCGUGCCCCUCCUCCGGCCGUCGCUCGCACACCCCUCAGGCACGUGCGCCAUGAUGCCGGAAAGGUUGGGUGGGUGUGUUGGGCCGGAUUUGAGGGUUUACGGGGUGAAAGGGUUGAGGGUUGUGGAUGCGAGCGUGCAGCCGCUGAUUAUUGGCACGGCGCUGCAAUCGACCGUGUAUGCGGUUGCGGAGAAGGCGGCGGAUUUGAUUAGAUUCGAGGCUGGCGGUUGAUGGCCUGACGGAGGUGGUACCUCAUGAGUGGAUAAACAAGCAGUGAAGCACCAUUGAGCUGGGUGUUGAGGUUAAUGCCGACAGCGUGGGCGUAAAGCAGCGAGCUGGAGGGGUAGCUUCCCGUCUUCAGGUGGUUUGUCUGUAGGGUACUUUGAGCACCUACGUACCUAAGGUACUUUCUUGAACUUCAAGCUUGCAACUUAAGGAUUGCCUCUCGCAGGUUGAAUGACGGAAGGGAGGCCCUUCUUUCAACUUUCUCAACGAAAUGACAAUGAUCGACUCGACCGAACAGUUAACACCCGCGACAAGUGUUUGUAG